AUGGAGCCGCGGGGCUGGCUGCCUCUGCUCCUGCAGUUGGAACUGAUGUGGCCCCUGGGGGCUCCUUCUGAGCCCCGACUGAGGGUAUUCGUGGUUCCCCACAGCCACAUGGACGUGGGCUGGCUGCACACCGUACAGGAGAGCAUGCAGGCUUAUGUCACCAAUGUCUACAACUCCGUGGUGGAGGAGCUGACCCUUGAGAAGAAGCGCAGGUUCAUCGCUGUGGAGCAGGAGUAUUUCCGGCUCUGGUGGGAUGGCGUCGCCUCGGACGGGCAGAAAGGCCAGGUCCACCAGCUCGUGGCUGAAGGUCGCCUGGAGUUUGUCCUCGGAGGCCAGGUCAUGCACGAUGAGGCUGUGACCCACUUUGAUGACCAGAUCCUCCAGCUCACAGAAGGGCACAGCUUUCUCUACGAAACAUUUGGGGUCCGGCCACGAUUCUCCUGGCAGGUGGACCCAUUUGGUGCAUCCGCCACGACCCCCACCCUCUUUGCCCUGGCGGGCUUCAAUGCCCAUGUCAUCUCCAGGAUCGACUACGACCUGAAGGAGGCCAUGCAGGAUAACCAGCAGCUGCAGUUCGUGUGGCGAGGGUCCAGAUCCCUGUCGGCGCAGCAGGAAAUCUUCACACACGUCCUGGACCAGUUUGGCUACUGCUCGCUUCAGCCCUUCUCAGGGCGGAUCCCUAACACUUGUCUCUCUCUCAGCGAGGGAUUUUACUGGGAUGGCGAACCAGUCUUCCCAGGUCCACCCACGGAUGGCCUGUACCCCAGCAUGGAAAUGCCUGUCACUGAGAACAGCAUCCCAAACUUUACCAGUCUUCUCGUGGGCAAUGUGUUGGCUCGAGUCACCUGGUUCCGGACACCACACGUCCUCUGGCCCUGGGGCUGUGACAGGCAGUUCUUCAACGCCUCGCUGCAGUUCACCAACAUGGACCGUGUCAUGGAGGAGGUCAACAAGUUCACCUACCAGCACGGCGUCUCGAUGGAGUACGCCACGCUGGGCAGCUACUUCCGGGCUGUGCACGCGCACCAGCUCUCCUGGCCGGUCCGAGACCAGCGAGACUUCCUGCCCUAUUCCUCGGAAAUAUUUCACGCCUGGACCGGAUUCUACGCCUCCCGAAGCGGGCUCAAGGCGCUGUCAAGGCGAGCCAGCACUCUGCUGUACGCCGCGGAGUCCAUGUUCACACGCUAUGUGCUGUUGGCUCCGCACCCAAACCUGGACCCGGCCUGGGGCCUGCAGCAGCUCCAGCAGCUCCGCUGGGCGGUCUCCGAGGUCCAACACCACGAUGCAAUCACCGGGACUCACGCCCUCAAGGUUGGUGACAUGUUUGUGGAGCACCUGAGCAGCAGGAUGCAAGGGGUGCAGACGCUGAUGGCCUCCAUCAUCCAGGACAGGUCUCCAGACCACUCAGGUGGCAGGAGUAGAGCCUGUUCUCUGUCUGCAGGCCCAGAGCCUGGGGGACGCUUUGCAGUGGUCUACAACCCGCUGGCCUGGACAGUCACCACCAUCAUCACCCUGACUGUGGACUUCCCCAGGGUCAGCAUCACAGACGAGUCAGGCUGCCCCUUGCCUGCACAGAUCCAGAGUUCGAAGGAGAUGCCCUCUGCCUAUGACCUGCACGUGCUGACCAUGAGCCCAGGGCUCAGCUACCGGCAAUACAGCAUCCGGCCCAGCAGGAGUUCCCAGGAGGACACUGGGGAGACUGUACCCUUCGUGGCCAGCACCCAGCAUUUUGGACACAGACUCAGGAGACAUGGCGGACAAGUGGGCUCCCACCUGGUGCCUGUGGAGAAUGACUGCUACACCGUGUUCUUGGACACAGACACCAACCUGAUGCACAGCAUCUGGGAGAGGCAGAGUAACCGAACAGUACAGGUGACCCAGAGUUUCAUGGAGUAUCACGUGAAGAGUGAUUUCCAUCGAGGUCCCAUUUCAGACAAUUAUGUGUUUACACCCGAUGGUAGAGCAGAGCCUGCGUGGGAGGCUGUGAGGAUGGAGAUCGUGGCGGGGCCGCUGGUGACUGAGAUCCGGCAGGACUUCUACAGGGAGGUGAACGACAGGGAGCCCACAUUCGCCAUCUACUCCCGGCUGGCCCACGGGCCCCAGAGCUCUGACGGGGAGCUGCUCUGCCAUCGCAUAGAGCAGGAGUACCGGGUGGGCCCCUUGGAGCUGAACCGUGAGGCCAUUCUGAGGACGAGCACCGACCUGAACACGGGGCGGGUCCUCUACUCGGACAACAACGGCUACCAGAUGCAGCGCAGGCCCUACCGGCAGGACACGUGGAACACCAUCGCUCGGAAUUACUACCCCAUGGUGCAGUCAGCCUUCAUCCAGGACAGACGAAGCAGGCUGGUGCUGCUGUCCGAGCAGGCGCACGGCGUCUCCAGCCAAGGGAACGGGCAGGUGGAGGUCAUGCUCCACCGGCGGCUGUGGAACAAUGACAAGUGGGCCCUGGACAACGACCUCACACUGAACGACUCCUCGGUCGUCCACCCGGUUCUCUGGCUCCUGCUGGGACCCUGGACCCUCACCAGUGGCCUGAGCCAGAGUAGUGGGCUGGCGCUGCAGCACCGGCCCGUCGUGAUGCUCAGAGAGAUGAAUGGUGAGGUGGGGGGUCCUUUCAGUGCACCUGUCAUCACUGCCCCCGGCUGGAACGGUUCUUGGAAGCAAAAGGCUGUGACGCUGCCUUCCAGUGUCCACCUACAGAUCCUCAGCAUCCCCGGCUGGAAGUACAGCUCGAACCACACAGAGCACCUGCAGACUCUUCGGGAAGGUGCGCAGCACGAGGCCAAGGCAGACCUCCGCCGUGUCCUGCUGCGGCUCCAGCACCUGUAUGAGGUGGACCAGGACCCCGUGCUGUCUCAGCCUGUGACGGUGAACCUGCAGUCUGUCCUUCGGGGACUGGGCUCCGUGGUGUCCGUGGAGGAGCGCUCACUCACAGGGACCUGGAAUGUGAGCGAGAUGCAUCGCUGGACCUGGAGCACGCGGGACCCUCACCGCCACAGGGGCAACUCCAGUCAUCCAUCGCCACCUCCAGGAGGCCCCGAGGUCACCAUCUACCCGAAGGAGAUCCGGACAUUCUUCAUUCACUUUCAAGAGCAGUGA